AUGGUGAUUCAUGUUCAACUAGCUAAGCACCUACACAAAUCUCUGAAUCUCAAACCAAAACCCUUAACCUUCUUCUUCUCAUCUUCUUCUUCUUCACAACAACAACAACAACAACAACAAAUCACUGUAACUUCCGCAGUUUCAAUCCUCACCAAUCAACGUUCCAAAUCCCGCUGGAACACUCUCCAUUCCCUCUACCCAAACGGCUUCAACCCCAUCGAUUUCUCGCAAAUCACUCUACACCUCAACAACAAACCCCACCUCGCACUUCGCUUCUACCAAUGGACCAAAUCCAAAUCCCUCUGUCACCACAACCUCUCCUCCUACUCCACCAUCAUCCACAUCCUCGCUCGUGGCCGCCUCUACUCACACGCUUACAACACCAUCAGAACCGCUCUGAAUUCCGACACGCCGUUGAAGCUUUUCGAGACACUUGUCAAUUCUUAUCGAGAUUGUGGGUCUGCUCCUUUUGUUUUUGAUCUGUUGAUUGAAGCGUGUUUGCAUUCUAGAAAAAUUGAACCUUCGGUUGAAAUUAUUAGAAUGUUGCUCUCCCGUCGGAUUAGUCCCAAAGUUCUGACUUUGAAUUGUUUGAUUUCUAGGGUUUGUCGAAAAUUUGGGGUGGAUGUUGGGUAUGAGAUUUACCGGGAGUUUUUUAGGUUAGAUGAAGAAAAAUAUGAUUUUUCGAAAAGGGGUUAUGGUUGCAAAGGUUUUAGAGUUGUCACCCCGAAUGUGCAUACUUUUAAUACAUUGAUGUUGUGUUGUUAUCAAAAUGGUUUGAUGGAGAAGGUUGAGGAGAUUUGGAGUGAAAUGUGUGAAAUGAAUUGUAAUCCUAAUGGUUAUAGCUAUAGUUUAUUGAUGAGUGCAUUUUGUGAGGGAGGGAGGAUGGGAGAUUGUGAGAAGAUGUGGAAGGAAAUGAGGAAGAAGGAAAUUGAGCCUGAUGUGGUUAGUUACAAUACUAUAAUUGGUGGGUUUUGUAAGAUUGGUGAUGUUGGAAAAGCUGAGGAGUUUUUUAGAGAAAUGGGAUUGGUUGGUAUUGAUGCAACUGUUUCAACUUAUGAGAAUCUUGUUAAGGGGUAUUGUAAUGUUGAGGAUGUUGAUUCGGCUGUUCUUGUUUAUAAGGAUAUGUUGAGGAAGGAUUUUAGACCUGAUGCAUUAACCCUUGAUAUGGUGGUUAGGUUACUUUGUGAUAGAGGUAGGGUUGAAGAAGCUAUGGAGUUUUUCAGGAGUGGAGUUGCUGACUUUGAUUUGGUUCCAAAGGAGAAGAGUUAUGAGGCCUUGAUUAAGGGGUUGUGUUUUGAGGGGAGGAUGGAAGAAGCAUUGAAGCUUCAGGCAGAGAUGGUAGGAAAAAGGUUUGAACCUAAUUCAGACAUAUAUGAAGCUUUUAUUAAUGGGUAUAUUAGACAAGGGAAUGAGGAAAUGGCAGAAGCUUUGAGGAAAGAAAUGGUGCAAACUCAUGCAGAGCUAACAAAUUAA